AUGGAGUUCCGGUCUAGGAGAACUGCGGCUGUUGGCGAUGCUCCGGCAGCUACCAAUACGGUUCAUCAUCAUCACCAUCAUCACUAUCUACUAUGCGAAUCCGGUUCAACAGGCAGCCGACGACGGCUUUUGGCAUCGAGUAACAGCUCCAAUUCGAUCGAGACUCCCGUGACGGAGUUGCGAAGUGGUGGUGGGAAUCAGCAUGCGAAACGACAGCCGAGUCCACCAUUAUCCCAGGCUCAUGCAUCGAUCAAGACGCUUUCUCUGAGCAAACUAACCGCCAAGCAGCACUUGCUCAUGGCUAUCUGCAGGGAUGUUUCCCUGCUGCCGCCGCUGGUGUACAUCUUCACUUCGCUGCAGCAGGCCUGGAAGAUAUCUUUCCGGGCGAAACUGAAGCUUUAUGAACCACAAUCGCUGAAGGACACGGUGAAAAACCUGCUAGAGAGUUGCAUUACGAAUACGACAGUUUCACAGCCACAGGAUCAGACUUCCACCGGGAGCAGUUUGUUGCUGUCGACACUGACUACCGCGAGAGCCUCUGAAUAUUUGCUUUGCGCCCUGUGGUGCGUCGUCUCACUGUAUCUGACGUAUUCCAUACUCGAUUCUCUGAUGGUGCGAUGGAUUGUCAAAUACUCAACGCUUGCGGCCAUUCUGCGAAUGUUUUCGAUGUCAUUGAUCAUAAUCACAACCGAGCUCUUGCUGUUGGCCUCGCUAUCGCCUGACGGCGACUAUUACCUGCAUACAUGGAUUCUGUUGAGCUGUAUCAUGACCACCGCAUACAUUUGGCAAAGCUAUCUCACUUCCAAUCUGAAUUACGUGAGUCAAGGCGACUACGACACGGAAGAUGAGGAGGACUGUGACCUGAAGAGUUGUGAAGAUGUCCCAUCCUCAAACAACUCUUCGGCUUCCUUGGCCUCCUCAUGCUCAUUACCAAGACGCAAAAACAAAAGAAAACUGCGCAAGAGCUUCAGAUUUACCAAGAAAAGGACCAUCGACCUUUACAAUAUCAUAGUGUUUUGUGUGGUUCCUGUGGGCCUAGCCAGUUUCAUCACAAUGAUUGGAUUAUUGCGGAAUUUGGUAAUUCAAAGACUAGAUGUGGAACAAUUAGGUCGCAUGCUACAAUCAACAUCCUACAUCCUUGAUUGA